CACACUCUCUAAGAAACAAUCAUCAAUAACUACACACACACGCACACAUACACACUCGUUCAUACUACCCAACUCAAUCAUACUACUUAUAUACAUUGACACUCAAACCCAACACAAACCUUAAAACCCUUGCAACCGUGUCUUCCACCACUACUACUAGUGCAUCAUACCACACAGCAAUAAUGAACAACCUCGCCGUGAUCCCCGCUAUCCCCAUUCUCCUCACCAUCAUCAUCGGAAUCUUCCUUAUCCCUAUCCUCAUACUAGCUGCCAUCCCCACGGGGAUCUUCCUCUUCUGUGUGGCCGUAUGCGGUGUAAUCGCGGUUGUCGUGUUCGGCCUGUUCUCGAUGUUCUUCAUCAGUCCAGUGAUCCUCGUGGUGGCGGCUAUAACGUGGUUCUUCGUCCUCACCUAUCGAGCGUGCAGAUUUGCCUUCACGGUUCUCUUUGGUCUUCUGGUUAAUAGGUUGUGGCCUCCUGGUCCUUUGCCGAAUGGGUGGGCUAACUGA